AAAAAAAGUAUAUGGACCCACUUGUACACCCACCAUGUAUAAUCAUCAAAAGACAUUUUCUUUGGCCUUAAAAAAAAUUGUACCAUUACAUACUGAACUUCAAUAAAGUGAUAAAGUAUGUCAUGAAUAAAAGUACUGUACAUAUGACACACUAUAGUUAGUAUGUAGUAUCAAAGUACAUAAUAUAUUCUCUCAUCAUAUACAAGUGAAGUGUCUGUUAUUAAGCAACAGCAUUUUUUGGUAGAAUGACUUCUGUCUCUCUCACACACACACACACACACACAGAGGGAAAGAGAUGGGCAGUGCUUUAGGAGGAAACAAAACCAGAAGGUUAAUGAAGCGGUACUCCAUCUCCACCAAAGCUUCAACCCCAGACAGGCUUUUUUACAGAAGUAAUGGCACCCUAACGAUCACUACAGUCUGUUAGAUCAGACUCACUCUGGUCUAAUCUCUCCAGCCUUGCUCACCUGCUUUCUCUCCGGUCUCUCUCUCUCGCUCUCUCUCUCACGCGCUCCGGGAUGCCUGAGGGCGCGCGCACUCUGCCGCCGGUCCGGCGCUUCACGUAUGCGGUGGGGCACGUGCUGAACGACCUGUGCGCGUCCAUGUGGUUCACCUACCUGCUGCUCUACUACCAGUCGGUGCUCAGCUUCCGGGACUCGACCGCCGGGCUGCUGCUGCUGGUGGGUCAGAUCGCAGACGGAGUCGCAACGCCGCUCAUCGGGUUCGAGUCGGACCGGACACCCGGCUGUGGAGCCUACGGCAAGCGGAAGUCAUGGCAUUUAAUCGGAACCAUCUGCGUGCUGCUGUCUUUUCCGUUCAUCUUCAACCCGUGUGUGGGCUGCAGCGAGGUGACGCCGCAGUGGGUGGGGCUCACCUACUUCACCCCUUUCAUUAUCAUCUUCCAGUUCGGCUGGGCCGCCACUCAGAUCUCCCACCUGUCUCUCAUCCCGGAGCUGGUGACCUGCGAACACGAAAAAGUGGAGCUCACCUCAUACAGGUACGCCUUCACGGUGCUCUCCAAUAUCACCGUAUACGCAGUGGCCUGGCUGCUGUUCCGCUUUCAGCACUCAGCUGAUUCAUCCAUCGCUGACCAGCUGAGUCAUCUGGACGUCCCCGUAUUCAGGAAUUUGGCGCUGAUCGUGCUCGGCAUCGGUGCCGUUUUCUCGCUCGUCUUCCACCUGGGUACACGGGAACACACGCAGCACCGUGGGACCGAGGACCAACCCCUGGUGUCUCACUCCAUCCAGAACUCGGGGAUGCCGCUCCAGUGGAAACACUGGCUCACUGAACCGUCCUUCUAUCAGGUGGCUGCUCUGUACAUGUGUACUCGUCUGAUCGUCAACCUUUCUCAGACCUACAUCUCCAUGUACCUGAUAAACUCUUUAUUGCUGCCCAAGAACUACAUCGCUACCAUUCCUCUGGUCCUGUACAUUAGCGGCUUUGUGUCCUCUCUGGCCAUGAAGCCGAUCAGCAAACGCCUCGGAGUUAGCAAGACGUAUUUUGCGGGACUCGUGCCCAUCGUGGCGUUUGGCAUCUGGGUACUGCUGGAUAUGAAGAUGGGCGUUCGCGUGUACGGAGCAGCCGUGCUGCUAGGAGCCGGGUCUGCCGUCAUUCUCGUGAUGUCUCUGUCCAUGACUGCUAAUCUCAUUGCAGAUCAGACGCAAAGCGGCGCGUUCGUCUACGGAGCCAUGAGCUUCACAGACAAGGUGGCUAACGGCCUCGCCGUGAUGAUCAUCCAGACCCUGUACCCCUGUCAAACACUGGCUUGCUGUACUGAGUGUGUUUGGUUCUAUCAUCGCGUCAUGGUAGCUGUAACCGGGGGUGUCGGCAUCGUGGCCGCGCUGUGCCUCUUAAGUCUGCUCGUCUGGCCAAUCAGGAUACGCAGACGUUGAGAAUGUUUUCCCAUUCCCGGCAGACGGUCAUCUUGGUGAACAGUGUUUCUUUUUGCAGGUUUGCGGCUAAACAUGGGAAAACUUUGACAACAUGAGGAUGGGUGUGAUUGGGGGAAAGUGACCGAGCACAAAGCAGCGAGUGUGUCCUUGCAUCAUGUCUACACAGUGAAUCUGAGAGUUAUGAGGAAGCAGAGCUGUCUGAGGAAACAUGUCAAACACGACAGUGUCUCAUGACCACUACAAUGCAGAGGUUCUUCUUCUUUUUUUUGUUCCUUUUUUUUUUUUUUUUUAGCGACACUGACUUUUCUGACAAUGCCAAUG